AUGGCGCACUAUCAAACUCUUCUUCUCUUUGUCACCACAAUAGUCGGUGUAUUAAUAGCCGAAACCUAUGUGACCAAGUACGAUAACAUCGAUCUAGAGGAAAUUUUCAACAGCAAACGGUUAAUGGAUAACUACAUGAACUGCUUGAAAGAUGUUGGACCCUGUACACCCGAUGGUCGAGAGCUGAAAGAUAACCUUCCCGAUGCGCUGAUGAGCGAUUGUGCAAAAUGCUCCGAAAAGCAGCGCGUCGGUUCGGACAAGGUGAUCAAGUUCAUCAUCGCCAACCGGCCGGACGAUUUCGCGAUCCUCGAGCAGCUGUACGAUCCGACCGGCGAGUACCGACGGAAGUACAUGCAGUCGGACGCACUGGCCGAACACGUGGGCCACCACCAGGAAGAUAACGCAAGCGGCGACGGAGACAUUGAGACAGCCGAUGCCCACGCAACCGACCAUAAAGCGGUACCAUCAUCGUCUCAAGAUCAUGAUCACGCCGAAGGACAAACGGAUGCGAAUGAAAACAUGAACUGA